AACCUUUUUGCGAAAACAUGCAUUCUCGCAUUAUAUAAAUAUGUGGUGUUUUGGUCAAUAGAAAUCAGAGUAUCCAACUCAACCAUCACCAUUACCAUGAAGAUCACCUCUUUUCUCACCGCUACCCUUGUUGGGGCUGCCGCCGCCCGCGACACAGUCUACCUCGUAAACUCUUACAAAGGCAACGAGAUCUCCAGCGGAAUGGCAUACUAUGCCGACGGCCACGAAGCAACCGGAGGGUCCCGUCCCGAUGAUUACGUCGACGUCGUCCACGGAAGCAACAUCAUCUGGGAGGGUCGAGCUGUAAAGGGUACCUUUGGCAGUGGGGUGUCCUUCACGUCAAACAUCUUUGCGGAUGCGGGUGGCAAGCAGGCUAAUGCUUGGUCUGGUACGGGCUCCAACGGGUUCCAUACCUAUAACUGCUAUAAGGGUACUGGGCCCAGUGGUAAACCUUGGGUAUUGUACACUGUGGAUGGCUGGACCGUUAACGUUAUCUACUGGUGCUGGCCCUUUAAUUAGAGUGUGAUGGUUGGGAUAUAUAUGUAGCGAUUGUAUGUAUCUAUGCACUUUGGCUGGUGGUCGCUAGCGGCUCGGGUAGUGGCCGUGCAUGUUCAAUUACUAUUUAUUGCCUACAAAA